AUGGGAUACAUUGGACAGACAUAUAUGUACACGAUGAACAGUGGUAGCAGCAAGCAGUCCUGCAAUCAACUGUUUACUUUUGGAGAGCUUUCAGGCGUCGGCAUUGCUCUCCACUACUUUUUGUCCAUAUCAGCAUCAAUAACUGCUUUUCCUUCCCUGAUAUAUUCAUCACCAUCAUCGAGCAGGCAUUGGGGCGAGACACUCAUCCGUACACAUGCACAGACAUGUACACACACACACACACAUACACACACACAUACACAUACAUACACACACGUACCCGAACACACACAGACAUACAUAAAUGCCGUUGUUGACAGUCAUCCAUGGCUCAAUUGUCUUAUAAAAUUUGCUAUCUUCUUUGAAGUACAACAGAUGAAAAGGAAAGUGAUCCAUGCUGCUGCUGCUUUUAGCAAGCUAGUUUUUACGGAAAUUUUAUUUCUUCUGCUCUUCAACAACUGUUUAAGAAAUGAACUGAACUGCGAACAGAAUUGA